UUAAUACUCACCAUGCGCGAAGGCCACCAUCGCGAAAUCCGUGAUGAGAGGGUGGAAGGAAAAAAUAGAUCGAAACGGCGAGAGAGAAAGCGAUGUACGAAGAAGAGAGGCGAGGAAGAAGAAUACAAGACGAACAACGGCGGCAAGUUGCUUUUUCUUUUCGCCUCCUCUUCUCCUCUGCUCUCCAUGUUGAAGCGAGGGAGGGGAGCUGUCGAUGAUCGAAGAGAGAAGGCAAAGGCAAUGCAGAAGGGGAUUUCAUUUUUCUCCUAACAACCUCCGAUUUUAAUGAAGUAGAAAAGAGAAAGAACAAUUUAAACCCUUCCCAAUUCUUUCCUUCUGCUUCGGAUAUUAAAGCUGCCGCCUUUGCCGUUAAGGAUUCCGAGUUCUGUCUCUGUUUUGGUUCUUUCUCUCUCUUGGAAUUCUCUCGGAUUUUCUAUUCGUGAAUCGUUUUUUGUUUUAAUUUAUAUAAGAAGGGGGACAACAUCCUUGGAUUAUUCUUCACGGGGCGUGGAGAGGGUUUUUCUUAUUGAGCGAAUUUAUUAUAGUUUCUUUGUGGGAGUAUUAUUAUUAUUAUUUCUUUUCAGAUCUUUUGUUUGUUAGCAUUUGGAAUGUUUUCUUUGCUAUAAAAAUGAGAUCUUUUGUUUGGGUCUGGGGGAUGAGGAGUGGAGGGGGAUGGGAUUUUGCUCUCCGGGUUGGCCGUGUCGUGAUGCAGAGAGCAGGAAGAGUGAGGGCGACAUAGAUGAUUAGGGUUAGCGUUCGCUUGAGAGGAAGGGAGAUUGUGUUGCAGCUGGAAUUUUUAUGUUGGGUUUAGGAUUGAAGCCAUAGAUGAGCUGUUUUCCCUGUUUGAGCCCUCGCCGGAGGGAGAGCAGAAGUAGGAUCGAUGACAGUACGGGCGCCAGAUCGAAUGCUGUCGUUGUGGACGCUUCGGGGAGUGGGAAGAAGGCAUCUCAGAGCGGUGCUCGGAGCUUCGCAUUCCGAGAUCUUGCGAUCGCCACUCAGAAUUUCAAGACGACCAAUUUGAUCGGCGAGGGAGGUUUUGGAAAGGUCUUCAAAGGGCGGAUAGAUUCCGGCCAGGUGGUGGCCAUCAAGCAACUCAAUCGCGAUGGGCUCCAGGGGAGCAAAGAAUUCUUAGUGGAAAUUCUCAUGCUGAUCACGCUGCAGCAUGAGAAUCUUGUGAGAUUGAUUGGAUACUGCGCUGAGGGAGAUCAGAGGCUGUUGAUUUAUGAAUACAUGCCGCAGGGUAGCUUGGAAGAUCACUUAUUUGAUGUAUCUCCUGGAAAACAACAUCUUGACUGGAACACACGAAUAAAGAUUGCUGUUGGUGCUGCAAAAGGACUCACAUAUUUGCAUGAUGUAGCAAAUCCACCUGUUAUCUAUCGUGACAUGAAGGCUGCUAAUGUUUUAUUAGACAAUGACUUCAACCCCAAGCUUUCUGAUUUUGGACUCGCUAAACUUGGACCUGUUGGUGACAACACACAUGUCUCAACAAGGGUGAUGGGAACAUAUGGUUACUGUGAUCCUGAUUACGCUAUGAGUGGUAAGCUGACCAUAAAGUCUGAUGUAUAUAGCUUUGGUGUGCUUCUAUUGGAGCUGAUCACCGGGAGAAAAGCAUUUGACUCCACAAAGACAGGAGGAGACAAGAAUUUGAUGAAAUGGUCGCGUCCUUUUCUCAACGACAAGAGGAGGUUCGGACAGCUGGCCGAUCCAUUGCUAGAAGGUUGCUACCCUCCACGUGCUUUCCACCAGCUGGUUGUUGUCGCCUCGAUGUGUCUCCAGGAUCAGGCCCAUGUUCGUCCUAUCAUGCAUGAUGUUGUGAUUGCCCUCAACCAUAUAGCAUCUCAGCCCUACAUCCCAGAUCAUGAUUCCAAGAUCAUGAGUGCCCCUGCAACACCAUCCUCACCUUCUCUGCAUGCUGCUAGUACACCUUCUAGAAGGCGCAACACUAGAAAGGGUUCUGCAUAUAAUUAAGAAUGCCCUCCAAUUUGCAAACUGGGUUGUGGGCCUAAUGUACAGUCUUUGUAGUAUUAGACUUCAUUACACCAUAUAGCUUAGAACAAGGUAGAAAAUAGAAGGUCGGAUAUAAUUUUGAUCCCAAUGUAACCAUGUUUUGACCUGCUCUUUUCUUCAGUCAUCAGAUUUUUAAGUUUUAAUCAGGGGAUAUAUAUAUUCUGAGUCUGUGAAGGGUGUCAGCCUGGGUAGCAUUUACAUCUGAAGUCAUUUCCAUGCAUGGAAACCGCCUGAUGUGUGUUGAAGGCCUUUGGUGAUGAUCUGUUCAACAGAAUUCAGAUCCAGAUCCUGCAGCUGCAUUUAGAGAGAUUGGUGAUAGAAAAUGGACAUUAAUUGAACACUUGAAGAAAGAACGAGUUAAUGACGCCUAAAAAAAAUUUUGUUCUCAUUUUAUUAAGUGGUUGUAUUAUGUGUUUUGCUUGUUAGUUAAUAUAGAUAUCCCAGUGACUUUCUAUCC